GUCAACUGCCAGUGCAACAACGAUCCGUGUGGACAAUGUCGUUUGAUUACUCGCCAACUCUGUUUACGAGUGUCAACGUGCCCGUGUGUAUCGUUUGGUAUGUGCGCGUGGUGUGUAGGGCGCGUAAUGGAGGCGACCUUCUCAACACCACGGAUCAUGGAGUCGAUGUUCUCGACACCACAGACCAUGAGUCCCGAGACGCACAUUCGCUUGGCAGAACCGUUUCCUCCUUGUGCGAGAUCUGUGCGGCAUUUCGACGGUGUGACUACGAUCCAGGGAGCGACCGCCGAAGACUUCGACGAGGACCCCUGGAUGACCGUCGUCCCGUGCAUGGGCAGGCAUAUUGACGGUUGGUGCGACGACAAUUGGGCCAUGAUGGAGAGUGACUGCCCUUGGGCAGGCCAGGACAAGUUCGCCAACAUGUUGGAGUUUGGGGACCUCAUCCCGAUGCGUGACGCUGUCCUCGGCCACAAGUUCCUGAACCACAUGCGCAGAGCACUAGGCUGCAUUAGCCGAUAUUUCAGUCGCCUCGAGUGCCACUACGUCACGUCGUCACCACGAACUUGGGGAGGCUCGCGGAAACGAAAGUUGUUGGACUGUGCUCGUCAGUGCCCGUUCCUGGAGCAGUACCCGCUCCGUUGCCCGGGGAAUUCUCCACAAGCUGUGUCGUACUGUUGUGUGCGGUUAACUGUGUCCAAAUCUGAUUUCGCCAGGGUUUUGCGUGUCGCUAUUUCGAACAAGAGUAGGAAACUCGUCGAUGCGGUUGUGCUUGUAUCAUGCAACGAGAUGGUGAUUGAGGGGUCCAGAUUCGUGCCGAUGCCCGGGCCUGCUCGUGUAGAUGGGUGGCGAGAUUUGGGGAUAGCAGGGCCGGUCCAAAACUUUUCAUUGCAUCACGAGGUCGAGGAGAAAGUGUCCGACAUACGGGACUGUAUAGGGAACUCCUUCGCACGACCGGGAGUGUUUGUCAGGAUGAAAUACAUGUCCGUCUUUUCGGAGAGUGCAACGGUCGACGAUCCGCUGGUCCGCGCUUACGGAUUAUCAAUGAAUGCUUUGUAUGGAUACGGUUCACGACCUCAUCCUCGGGGAACCCCGAAUGUCACAAGAUAUGGACUUGUGGUUGGACAUUGUCUAUGUGGUCCUGUUAUCUUCAUCGAUGACAACAGAAGGUGUAGAGUGCUUGGGGCCAUUUUGCGGUGGGAGGACGCAAAGGGGGGCCAGCGACAUUUCUAUAUGCAAAAGGUUUAUGGCGCCAGGGGCAACGUCGUUGCCAAUUCGAAAGGGACAUUGUUGGACCUCGAAUUGUGUGAGGGGUUUGGAGCGGGUGCUGUGAACACCCCGUUCUACAAAGAACUUGUUCUCGGGGGCGGUUUUGUUUUGGCGCAUGAAUUUUUCGACAUGUUGGAGGACAGGAACAUCGCUCUAGACGUCCCCUGCGACGUCGACUCCUCCCUGGAGCUCUCGUUGUUGUUGAGGCUGUGCGGCGGUUGCGAGUCUAGCAGGGUAGCGGCGGAGGGCGGUGAUCUAGGGUUUGGUCCCGCCACUCAACUGCACCGUGGCGAGAGCCGAGGUCAGUUCGACGACAGCGAGGAUGAGUGGUCUGCUACGCCAUUGAGGGACACAUGGCCGUCUGUGUUGUUUAUUCCUGGGGUUCAGACUGACGCUCCGGUUCAACGGAAGAGUACGGAACCUGCAGGAGAGGUGGCGGCCUCUUCGGAGGUCGACUUGGAGGCGAGCGAGGGACAGAGUGUAGAGGACGUAACCGCGGGCGGCCUGGGCUCGCAAGGGGCUCCACAAAAGAGGAGGGGGGAUCGACCAGACGAGUUCGCCGGUUCUACGAAGAAGUUAAAGAGCAAGGCCCCCAGGAUUGAGGGGGAGAAACGCAAGAGGACCGAGGGGGAGCAGCGACGGCAGGUUGCCAAACAACCGUCUUUGAGACAGAAGCAGCCUGAGUCUGGACCGUCUUCUCCGCCGGCAACAGGGACUCCCAUCGACGUCGACGUCGGGUACUUCCUCGAGUACAAAGGCGGCGUUCAGACAAAGAGGGAGUUCGAGGUUAGCCCUGCGCAGGUCGUCGACCUCGGGGACUGGGAGGACCUGUACAACCAGCGGUCCCAGGAUCCCGUGCUCGUGGAAGGGAUCAAAGAAGCGAUGCGGUUGGCAUUCGAAAACAAAGUGCAGUCUUACGAUUUACCUACCCUGACGCUGGCACCGCUCGGGCUUGAUAAACCGGCUACGGGGACCAAGGUAGAACGUCUGAGGCCGAAGGAUUGGAGGGAUGAGCUGGCGGGACAAUACUACUACUACGCGGUCCGGAUGUGGCAAGAAUUAUGUAAUGUCGCGCUCAACAUGACACUGCACAACAACUUGUGGAUUCUCGCAGAUCAGAAGGGCGAGGGGGACAUCAGGAAACAAGGCGCUGCCCUGCGUUCCUAUUUCCCGCUGGCGAUGGCAGGGGAGAACGUCUGGAAACUGGCCGUCGAGUUCUUCGAGAAAUGGGAGACAGGCAGAUUGCUCGGACACGACGGCACAAAGUGGAUCAUACGGAAGAAGAAAGUCAAAAACGUGAAGCCUGGGGUUGCCUACAUCGACAAUGACAAGCUCGGCAGGAAGGAGGUCGUGUACAACCUCCCUAUGGACCCGCCGACAAAGAAAGGCAAAAAGGAGAAAGAGGAGAGUCGAGAGAUCGCGCUCGCCGAAGGCAUUGUGCACAUAAAAUGGAAAGACACGGGCGACGUGACAUCCAUCGCGCCAUUCGACAAUGACCCCUUGGAGGCAGACAUAAGGAGUGCGGAGGUGAAGGAGGCAUUUGUUGCCACAAAGAGUCACACGUUCAUCCUCGAUCUGUGCAAACCGGUGGACCUGAAGCUUUGGAAACCGCAAGCGUUUGACACUCUGGAUUCCCAACUUCAGACGUGGUGUCCGUCGCAUUGGACGCUCGUCGUUUUCGUCCCGCGGCAGCAGAAUCUCUCCUUUCUGGCCAGCAUGAACCAUCUUUCUUUCGUCAAGCUGCUAAAAGGGAAGUGGGUGAGGAGGAGUCAAAAGAAGAAAAGCUUCCCCGUCGGGAACAAUUUGUACACGGAAGACGACCGGAUGUACAUACUCUUCAAAGGCGACGAUUUGCGGGCUAACACGUCCGCCGUCUACGAGGGGAAAAUGCCGGCAGACGCCGCUGCUGCAGUGCGGCUACCACAAAAGGUUACGCAAACGGAUGUGUCCCACAUCCCGUUCAACCCUUGCGACUGGUCGCAUACCUCGCCUGCACGUCGGGGCAGUGUGUACGGGGACAUGGAACGCAACCCCAUGCAAUUCGUUAAUCUUCUCGAAUCCGUCACCAAGAAGGGGGAGGGUGUCGUCUUCCUCGGGAAGCCACACGCGCGAUCAGUGUGGGAAGUACUGAAGGCAGGACGGCACGUCAUCGCGAUGGAAGGGAACUCCGAGCUCUUGCAGUUUACAAUUGAUCUCGUCAAAAGUGAGGUCAAUUUGGGUGCCCACAAUUGCGAGUUCAUGGUCGUCACCGAGACUCGGGCUCGCGCGUGGAACAACAAGAAGGACAUGUGGUUCAAGUUGAGUGCGAGGAAGUGGAACAAGAUAUACGACUUCUUGUUCCUGCAAACGCGGCCGAAGAGAGACACUGACGACGAGUACGUGCGAUUCAAAAGGUCUACCGGUUCCGGUCCAGAAGGCUCGGCGCUGUCAGCAGACGUGCCCACUUCAUCCGCCGGCUCGGUGACGGCGGCCUUGGUUGCUCUCUUAGCCGGCUCGGUCGAAACGUUCAAGUCCACCGGGAUCCGAACUUCAAUGCUUGCAGAGCGGACAAAGAGGACGGACACGCAGAGCUGGUCAGGAGCGGGGGUGGCGAGUCGUGAUCCCAUAAUGGACAGCGGUGCAGUGAGGGACGGGACUGCGCCGCCUGCGGGGGAUCGCCAACCGCUUCGGCCAGAGCGAGAGGGUACGUGUGGAGGGCCCAGCGACAGGGAGACAACGAAGUUCGCCGGGAUCCGAACUUCUUCAGGCAAGGGGGGCCAACCAGGGAUUGUGGUGCCGGCGGGAGGGGCUGCGUGCGGCGGGCGGGAAGGGCAUUCGUCGGAAUUCGACACGGGUUCGGGCGAAGUGGCUGGAUUACAUGCACGGGAAGAAGGCAGGGUGAUGGACAAAGAGAAGGAAGGGGAGGAAGGAGACACAAGGGAGGAAGGAGACACAGGGGAGGAAUUGGAGGAAGGAGGGGAGGAAGGGGAGGAAGAAGAGGAUGAAGGGGAGGAAGGAGAGGAAGGGGAAAAAACGGAGUUGGCUGGGUUGCUAGGAGGGAAGGACGGGGAAAAAGGUGAGCUCGAUACUGGAGACGACGAACGGACGUUCGGCGACGACGAUGACAGAUAUGGGGAGUCGUCUGACGGUUUCGUGCAGCUAUACGGAGAACAUCGCGAGGAAGACGACGACGACGAUGACACAGCACUGGGUAUGGAGACACAGGUGGUCACAAGCCUUUCGGCAGAACGUGAUGACUAUGAGGUCGACGCAAUGACGUCUGCCGUCGAUCUCCAACACCGGUUUAAUGAAGCUCGUGUUGCAGUCAGCCUGACUAAACCGAGUGUGCGUAUUGACAUCGAAGAAGUUAUCGACGACAUCCUAGGCGACCACCACAUGUCCGCGCAGCCGUCCUCGACACCUGGUGUCGAUGACCCUCUCGACAUCACACAUUCCGGGGGAUCUGUCGUGGCUUUCUCGCCGACGAACUCUCCGAUGCUGCCGCCGACAAUCGUCAGCGGAGGAGAAGGGGAGAUCGGGGGACGACAAGAUGUCACAUCCCCGAAAAAAACUGCCGUCGGCACUCGAGCUCUCGACGUGCUGGCCUUCCCCGCACCAACUUCGCCGAUUAAGGAGCGGAGAGACAAACCAGCUGUGCGGGCCACGACACCUGGAACAACUGUGACUGCGAUUGGAACCUUGCGGGUUUUGGACGACAUUGAACGAGACCUGGUGCCACCUGACACUGUACUCUCGACCCUCAGCGAGGGUCAGUUGCGAAUUGCAGCGAAGGAUAUUCUCACCCUCCCACCUACUGAGAGGUCGGUGAAGAGGUGGAAGAAAAUGUUGAAGGACCCUUGGUACGUGGAAAUGUACGAUAUGAUGACGGAAGGUGAAGUAAAGUCUCCCCAGCUGAUGGUUGAAGAGUCAUCCGGCAUUAAGGGAAAGGCGAAAGUUGGGGACAUGACCAGAAGUCUCAUGAAGAGGUGGGACAAGAAGGCGAUGUGGAGCAUGUUGCCGUUGUUUGUCUGCGAAGAGUUGAGUGAGGAGGUGUAUACCCUUAUGCUAAAGUCGCAGACUUGGGAUGAGCUGGAAAGUUAUCGAAAGUUGAGAUUUCCAGAGGAUGGAGCGGAAGGCCAGCUUGGUGAAGGCCCUGAGCAGCCAACCGAGGUUGUGUCAACACAAGGGAAGUUGAGUGGUAUACAAAGGCGAGUUGGGAUGUUGGAUGAGAGGUUGACGCGACUAGAAGAAGCCAGGUGUGGCAAGAGGAGAGUUUCCGAGGAAGUAUUGAGUGGGCCGACUGCGAGAGGCAAAGCAGAGGCAAGGAAGGAUCGUCAAGAGUCACUCCCCCACAAGAAGACCCCGCGAAGACAAGCUUGCGCCCCUGAAAGAGAUGAAAAUGAGGGGGUCAUUGAGAUCAAGGAAGAGCAAGUAUCUAGUAUGGCUCUACCUGUAAUUGCGCCUGGGCCAAAGGGAGGGCCCAUGAACAGGGAAGCAUCCUCGGCUGCGAGUCGGGAGAGGCAAAGGAGUGAGUGGUGGCCACAGCACUGGGCAAAGGUGGUAUGUGAUCGUUGGGGAAAGACUGGCUGUACCCCUCGAGGAAGUAAAGAAAAGGGUGUGACGGGAGAAAAAGGAAAGUCAGAACCUCUCAAGUUGACGAAGGCUCAGCGAAAGGCGAGGAAUCGGGCCCAAGGAGGUCAAGGUGCCGAAAAGGGGCAGUGCUCACGACAGAUGGGGGCCACCCCGCAAGAGGUGGAAGACAGAGCACCACAAGAGAGGCCCCCGCCGAUUAAGCAUGCGCUAUACGGGCAGUGGGAUCCAUGUGUUGUUUCACCCUGUGGUGUCUCGACCUCCGUGGUCUUUGUGGGCCUGGGGGCGACGUCAGACACAAAGGGUGCAGAAGUGGGCAGCGGCGAGGGGUCAUCCAGACGCCAGUUGUCGUCAUCAGAUGGUCGCGGAGGGGAUGGUGAAGAAAUGGGACCUGGAACACGUGAGUGCGGUGGGAAGUCUGGGUCUAGGACUGGCCAUGGGGCUCCGAUGAUUACGGUACGCUGGACGGGUGCUGAGGUGGCAGGCACGCGGCGGCGUCGGCUAUGUCUACCUGUCGUGGCAAUCCGUCAGGAUGAAGGUCGCGACGAGCCCCCGCACAAUUCCACUUUGAGGCGGCAAUUUGACGAGUUUGACCGCAAUCGAUCCGGUGCUAUUGGCGAGGAGGAACUGAGGAGAGCUGCGGAGAAGCUGAGACUCCCCGUCUCUCGGAAGGACGUGAAGGAGUAUGUGCAGAAGGCGGGCGGUCGUGUGACGUUUGAUCAGUUUGCGGAGUUCACGAGGGGAUUGGAGGACAGGCUGCAUGCCACAUUCARGGAGCUGGACAAACGACAAAGGGGUGUUGUGUCCAAGGAGGUUAUUCCAGAGGCUCUGAAGAGGUUCAACCUGCCGSCUAGGAAGGUGUAUCAGGAUGAUCGGCUGGUKARCGCCAGCGUGGGCAAGCCUCCGUCCGAAGGGUUUGGGUUCGAAGACUUGCGGAAGUACCUGCUGUGGGCGAGGGAUGCUGAAGAGGUUGUGGGCUCACCAGCACGCGCUGGAACUGCGAUUGACUUCGGCGGAGAUUUCGACUGCAACUUGCCCCUCGCUCUCGAGAAGCGUGGCGUGAUGCCCAACCUUCGCUUCCCUGAGGUGCGAACCAUGAGAGACGUGGUCGCCGCCUCUAUCUCCGGCGCAGUCGCUCGAACCGUCGUCGGUCCCCUAGAAAGGAUGAGGAUCAUGCAGAUGGUUGAUCCCAGUCUGGCGAGGCAGGACCCUCGCGUGUUAUUGAACCGGAUCCGGACGGCCGAGGGUGACAGAGGGCUUCUGAGAGGUAAUCUCCUCAACGUUCUUCGGCUGUAUCCGGCCAAGUUGGUGGAGGCGCUAGUCUACAGGGCGUUGACCAAUCGGUUUGACCCAGCUAGGCAAGGCACAGCAGGUCCGGCGAAGAAACGRGGGGGUGCGGAUGCUGCRGAGGGGCAGAGACAGCAGGGAUGGAUGAUGCCUGAUUGGCAGCGAAACGCGAUCGCGACGCUGGCAUCAACGGCCGGAAUUCUUACGUCGUAUCCUAUCGACACACUAAGAGUUGCAGUGCAAGCGCCGAUCCGCGGGCUGGGGGCGGCGGCGGGGGCAGUGACGGAGGCAGUUCGGGAUACCGUUGGGGGAGUGGGUGGGAAUGGAGGUCGAGGUGUGGGCGGCGCCGGGACACCGGGGACAGGUGGCAGAGGUGUUGGAGUAGUGGCCGGGGCAGACGGAAGAGGGGCUGGCGACAUCGGGAGAGCGAUCAUGAGACGCCGAGGCGUAAGGGGGUUCCUCGACGGCAUAGCUCCGCAGAUCCUUCGCACCAUUCCUUACUUUAUCCUCAGCGGGUAUGCCUUUUCCACAGUGGAGCGCUGGUACAAGAAGAGACAAGGCCGUGCGGAUGCAGAGCCUGGGCCAGUGGCGAUCGUAUUGAUAGCCACGGCGGCUGCGCUGUGCGCCCAAACCGCGCUCUAUCCUUUGGAGACCGUUCAGAGGCGCAUGCAGUUGCAAGCAGCCAUGGGACCCGCCGCAGGACGGGUUUACUCCGGCAUGAUGGACGCCGUCAGGGAGAUCAUYAGGAGAGAGGGAGUUGGCGCGCUGUAYGSCGGACUGGCGGUCAACAACCUGAAGCUCCUCCCAGCGGCCGCCGUCUCUUUCGCGAUCCACAACUCCGCUCGGAAUCUCUGCGACGCCUACUAGAAUUCGCUGUGUGUGUGU